GGAAGCUGCAGCGGCCCGGCGGGCGGCAGGUAAAGAAGAUUCUCUGCCCUUACCCAAUUGUCUGAUUACAUCCUACUGAUCUUCUAGGCUUCUGUUGGAGUCAAAGUGUGAAUUGUGACAAUGACAACUGAAGUUGGCUCAGAGACUGAAGUAAAGAAAGAUUCUGAGCAGCUGGGACCAGACAAAGCCAAGGGCAAGCCUGAAGAAGCAUCAAAGUCUCCAGAAAAUCAAAAGUCCAGCGGAACAUCCUCUGAAGAAGCUCAAGAUUCUUCCCCUGUCCCAGCACCAACUAGCCCAAGCAGCCAGAAGAGGGAAAAAGCUUCAUCUGAAAGCAAGGGUAUUUCUCGUUUCCUUCCCCCCUGGCUUAAGAAACAAAAGUCCUACACCUUGGCAGAGCCCAAAGAUGAACCCAAGAAGAAGGCCACAGAGCAAGUAGUUGACGAAAGUGAAUGCCAGACACCAGAGGGGGUGGCAAAAAAGAGCUCAGAAGAAGCUGGAGAUGAAAAUCAGCAUAAUGCUAAAGCAGACAAAGAGAAAAACCACUCCAUCAGUACUGCUGAGACACAGCCUGCCAAAGAAGAUGGUAAAGAAGUGGAAGUAGAGAAAGUUGCAGAGGAAAAAGAAGAAAAACAAGAACAAAAAAGGGAGACAAAAGAAGUGCAGACAGCUGAAAUUAAAGCAGAAAACCUUCCACAGAAGGCUCCCAAGAAAAUCAAAACUGUGCCCUGUAAAGUGGUGCUGCUGGAUGGCAUGGAGUACAGCUGUGACCUAGAGAAAAGAGCAAAAGGCCAAGUGCUGUUUGACAAAGUGUGUGAACAUCUCAACCUCCUGGAAAAGGACUAUUUUGGGCUAUUGUUCUUUGAGAACUCAGAGCAGAAGAACUGGCUAGAUUCUUCAAAGGAAAUUAAGAGACAACUCCGAAGUUUGCCUUGGAUAUUCACCUUUAAUGUGAAGUUUUAUCCUCCUGACCCUUCCCAGUUGACUGAAGACAUCACUAGAUAUUUCUUGUGCCUACAGCUCCGCCAGGACAUCGCUUCGGGCCGCCUGCCCUGCUCCUUUGUGACUCAUGCCCUCCUGGGGUCCUACACUCUGCAGGCUGAGCUGGGUGACCAUGACCCAGAGGAGCACCACAGUGACUAUAUCAGUGAAUUCCAGUUUGCACCCAACCAAACUCCAGAAAUGGAAGAGAAAGUAGCUGAGCUACACAAAACACACAGGGGCUUGACUCCAGCACAGGCAGAUUCCCAGUUCCUAGAAAAUGCUAAGAGACUCUCCAUGUAUGGAGUGGAUUUACAUCAUGCCAAGGACUCUGAAGGUGUGGAUAUCAUGCUGGGGGUGUGUGCUAACGGACUGCUCAUUUACAAAGACAGACUCCGGAUCAAUCGCUUCGCCUGGCCAAAAAUCCUGAAGAUUUCCUACAAGCGAAGUAAUUUCUACAUCAAAGUCAGGCCAGCAGAACUGGAGCAGUUUGAGAGCACUAUUGGGUUCAAGCUGCCAAACCAUCGUGCUGCUAAGAGGCUAUGGAAGGUUUGUGUGGAGCACCAUACUUUCUUCAGGCUGGUGUCCCCGGAGCAGCCAGCCAAGGCCAGGUUCCUGUCGCUGGGUUCCAAGUUCCGCUACAGCGGGCGCACGCAGGCGCAGUCGCGGCAGGCCAGCAGCCUCAUCGACCGCCCCGCCCCCGUCUUCCCGCGCGCCUCCAGCAGGCGCGGCCCCGGCAGCCUGGACGGAGCUCCCAUGGGUAUCUCAGACCUAAGUCUAAGAGACUUCCCUGCUACAGGAGGGCAGGCUGCUGGAGUUAAAAUCCUUGACAUAGAAGCUGCUGGUCAGGCCAAGUUGAAAGAAGGUGGCAAAGAAGAAGAUGGAAGCCCACUCAAAACUCCCCAGUUAGAGCUGACUCAGGAUGGAAAGAGCAAUUCCUUGAGAGUAGACGGGGAAAAUAUUUAUGUCAGACAUAGCAAUUUAAUGUUGGAGGACCUGGAUAAGACGCAGGAGGACUUACUGAAACACCAGGCUAGCAUUAGUGAGCUCAAGCGCAAUUUCAUGGAGUCCACACCUGAGCCGCGCCCCAACGAGUGGGAAAAGCGCCGCAUCACACCUCUGGCCCUCCAGACACCGGGGAAAAAAGGAGACCACAUUUUCCAAGUGAAACCACUGCCUGGGAAGGAGAAGCAAUGGACUGCAAGGCCAUGGAUUGCUGGAGCCAAACCAGAGGAAGCUGACCAGAGACAUGCUUCCAGAGCAGAAGAGCCUUGUGCUGGAGUCAGCGAUGCUGAUAAGAGUUCACAUGAGACUCUGGACAUAGUGGAGGAGAAGAAGCAGGCAGAGGUUGGGAUAGAAGAUACACUAGUCGUAGAGGAAACCAACAAAGGGAAAGUGCAAGUUGCCACUGAUGCUGGGGAGACAUGUAAGGUGGAACAUCUGUCAAAAAAGGACUCUUCAUCAUUACCAUCAGAUAGUAGCAGCAGCAGCAGUAGUAGUGAGAGUGAGGAUGAAGAGGUGGGAGAAUACCAGCCACAUCAUAGGGCAAUUGAGGAAGUCAUCAGGGAAGAACAGGAAGAAGAGGAAGAUAUGAAAAGGAAAGAACACGAAGAAAAAACACAGCAUGUGGAAGCCACACCAGAAGGCAGUAAACUAAAUGUGCCAGUUGAGCAGACACCAGUUACAGCUGAAGAUUUGGUCCAGGAAAAUGCAGUUACCAUAGCUACAGAAGAGAAGAAUUUGUCAGAGGAAAUUAAGCAAGAUUUAGGUGAAGAAAAAGAGGAAGAACAGCUCAAAGUCAAUGGAGAUGUGUCUCAUGUUGACAUUGAUGUUGCACCACAAAUAAUUUGUUGUUCUGAGCCUCCAGUAGUGAAGACAGAGAUGGUAACCAUUUCAGAUGCCACACAGAGAACUGAGAUCUCCACUAAAGAAGUCCCCAUUGUUCAGACAGAAACGAAAACUAUCACAUAUGAGUCUCCACAGUUUGAUGGCAGUGCUGGUGACAGUGCUGGUUUGAUGCUGAGCACACAGACACUUACAGCGGAGCCUAUUUCGACUACCACAACUACACACAUCACAAAGAUGGUCAAGGGUGGGGUAUCAGAAACACGAAUCGAGAAGCGCAUCGUAAUCACUGGAGAUGCAGAUAUUGACCAUGAUGAGGCUCUGGCACAGGCAAUAAAAGAAGCCAAAGAACAGCACCCAGACAUGUCUGUGACAAGAGUGGUGGUGCACAAAGAAACUGAACUUGCUGAGGAAGAUGAAGAGUAAAAUCCAAAAUGCCCUCAAGCAGUUAUUUUAGAAGUAAAAAUGAUACUGCCCGUGAAGAACUGUAACCAUUCCAAGCCAUCACCACUCCACCCAGCUCCCCAGGCCUGGCAGCCAUGAGCAGCUGUUCCAGCCUUCAAUGCCAAUACCCAGCUCCAUUUUUACAGCUUUGCUCUAUUCUCCCUUAGAAACUUUCUCCUUUAUUUUUUUUUUUAAUAACCACUUCUUAACAUUCUUAGAGCUGUUUUUUUAUUGGAUGCAGUUGGAGGGUAUGAUCUUCUUCUGCACAAAUACUUGGAGUUUUGAAGCUGAUUCUUAAUUAUAUGAAAGUGAACAACAGUAACAGAAACCAAACAAGUCUGGCAAGCAUUGUUCACUGGACCACAAGGUAGUUGUGCAGGAAGGGGAAUCUUUACUAAUUUAGAGAUAGUGGGUUUUUUGGGUUUUUGUCCUAAAUAUCUCAAGUGAGAUCUCUUACUGGAGUAAUUUACAGAUUUUAUUAUUAUUGUUAUUACUAUUUUUUUGUUUCAGAUUAUUCAGGUAAAUCUAUGGGAGCACAUGACAAAGAUUUUUAUAAAACUACACUUCCUGACAUUUGAAAAGGAAAAAAUAAUAAUAAAAUUAUAUUUCUUUGGAUAAAUUUUAUACUGCUCUCUCUGUAACUCUUUCUGUGCUAAGCCUUCCUCCCUUCCUCUCUGUGGAGCAGAGAUGGAGUGGCAGGCAGGAGAAGGAGCUGCAGACACAUUUCUUCAGACUGAGCACUGUGUUCUUUUUGCACUUUGGUGCCAAUGCUCAACUUCUCGCAGACCUUUUGCUGUCUGCAGCAUUCCAGAGAAGGGCAGGAGGCAGGCAAACCUUCCAGCCUCUUCCUUCUCUUCUUCCAAGAGGUGACCUAGGCAGCUUAAAACCUUAGUGCUUUCUUUUCUUACUGUGUCCAAACCUGAGCACUUCCAUUCCUUGAACCCACUGUAGAACACUGACAUGAAAGCUGUCUCCAGGUCAGAGCUGCCCUGCGUGUUGCUGAGCAGGGGGCACGUUGCAGAGGCUUUGUCUGAUGGCUGAUGCAGGGGGUUUAGGAUACUGACCAGUAGACUCCAGAAGGUAACCAGACAGCACCAUCCCUUGAGACUGCCAUUGAGAAACCCUGUUAAUUUUUUUGCGAUUUUAUGGUUAUUUCUGGUCUUGUGGGGAGGGGGUUGUUUGGGGUUUUCUUUGCUGUUGACUCUGUGUAUAGUUAAAAUGCCAAAUUAGAUUUAUAGCAGCUUGAAAUUGUAUUAAGUGAUAUUUUGCUUCCUGUUAUUCUGUUCUAAAAUA